UCGGAUACAUUACGGAAGAUAAGCGCAGUAACUUUGCUUGUCAGAUGCUUAUUAAAGUUUGAGCUGUAAAAGCGGGAUAUGGACUGUCACUAGUUAAAUAGGUGAAUGUUGUAAUCACCCGUGCAGUCUUUAUCUGCGCCUGAGACUUAGUACACAUUUGACACCGUUGGCAGUCCUCCGUCAGAUCAGAGCGGUCCAGUGUGCAGCGAUGUCAGGAGACGGGACGGAACAGCGAGCGCUGCAGUAUGAGCAAACUUUGAUGUAUGGCAGAUAUACCCAGGAGCUGGGGGUAUACGCCAAAGAAGAAGCAGCACGCUUGCGGGAGGAGACCAGUUUCAGGAGAACGCCGCUCAGCGAGCGCAGCCGGUCUGCGGAGCUGCUGGAGUACGACAAGAGCCGCUGCGCCAGGUGUCGAAUCUGCACGGUGAGAUGCCAGAAGUUCCUGAUCUCCAGGGUGGGAGAGGACUGGAUCUUCCUGAUUCUGCUCGGGCUUCUGAUGGCGCUGGUGAGCUGGGCCAUGGACUACGCCAUCGCUGUCUGUUUGCAGGCACAGGAAUGGAUGUACGGUGGGCUGGACAGCAAUGUCUUCCUGCAGUACCUGGCCUGGGUCACCUUUCCUGUGGUCCUCAUCACCUUCUCCGCGGGAUUCACACAGAUUCUCGCACCCCAGGCAGUCGGCUCGGGGAUUCCCGAGAUGAAGACAAUCCUGCGUGGGGUGGUCCUCAAAGAAUACCUCACUUUCAAAACCUUCGUGGCCAAGGUGAUUGGCCUGACCUGCGCCCUGGGGAGCGGUAUGCCCCUUGGGAAAGAGGGUCCGUUUGUGCACAUUGCCAGCCUGUGUGCGGCACUGCUCAGCAAGUUCAUGUCACUGUUUGGUGGAAUUUAUGAGAACGAGUCUCGAAACAUCGAGAUGCUGGCAGCGGCCUGCGCUGUGGGGGUCGGCUGCUGCUUCGCUGCACCCAUCGGUGGCGUCCUUUUCAGCAUUGAAGUAACCUCCACUUUCUUCGCUGUCAGAAACUACUGGCGGGGCUUCUUCGCAGCCACCUUUAGUGCCUUCAUCUUUCGAGUACUGGCUGUCUGGAACAAAGACGAAGAGACCAUCACUGCGCUGUUUAAGACUCGCUUCCGCCUGGACUUCCCCUUCGACCUCCAGGAGCUGCCUGCCUUCGCUGUCAUUGGGAUUGCCAGUGGCUUCGGAGGGGCCCUCUUCGUUUAUCUGAACAGGAAGAUCGUUCAGUUCAUGAGGAAACAGAAAACCAUCAACAAGUUCCUAAUGAAGAAGCGCCUGCUGUUCCCUGCCCUGGUAACCCUCCUCAUCACCACUCUCACCUUCCCCCCAGGGUUCGGACAGUUCAUGGCAGGACAGCUCACUCAAAAAGAGACUCUGGUCACCCUCUUUGAUAACCGCACCUGGGCCAAGCAGGGCAUCUCAGAGGAGUUUAUGCAGCUCACCACCUCGGGGGCAUGGAAGCACCCUCGUGCCAACGUCUUCGUCACCCUCGUCGUCUUCAUCCUCAUGAAGUUCUGGAUGUCUGCCCUGGCUACCACCAUCCCUGUCCCAUGUGGAGCCUUCAUGCCAGUCUUUGUGAUAGGUGCUGCUUUUGGGCGGCUGGUUGGGGAGAGCAUGGCGGCCUGGUUUCCAGACGGCAUUCACGCAGACGGGAAUGUUUACCGCAUUGUGCCCGGUGGCUACGCCGUGGUGGGAGCAGCAGCGCUGGCUGGAGCAGUGACCCACACCGUGUCCACAGCGGUCAUCGUGUUCGAGCUGACUGGCCAGAUCUCUCACAUCCUCCCUGUGAUGAUUGCAGUGAUCAUGGCCAAUGCUGUGGCUCAGAGCCUGCAGCCCUCGUUGUACGACAGUAUCAUCCGCAUCAAGAAGCUUCCCUACCUGCCCGAGCUGGGCUGGGGCCACCACGAGAAAUACAAUAUCCGCGUGGAGGACAUCAUGGUGCGUGAGGUGCACUAUGUCACCCUGAACUGCUGCUACCGGGACCUGCAUGACGUGCUGCAGAUAGGCAAUCUCAAGACCCUUGCGCUGGUGGAGUCUGUAGAGUCGAUGAUCCUCCUGGGCUCCAUCGAGCGCUCGCAGCUCCAGGCUCUGCUGACCCAGCAGCUGGGGCGGCAUAACCGCAUGGCAUACCUGCAGGAGAGGGCACAGGCUGCCAAGAAGCGCCUCUCCACCCAGAGUCAGGGCGGCAAUGAGCCGGACAGCCAGCGUGCCAGCCAGGAGGUGCGCUUCCAGAUCUCCACGGAUACGUCCACAUUCAGCCCCUCAAACGUAGGACUGCAGAAGCCCCUGAAGCCAGCACUGAAACGAGCCUCCUGCCCCACAAUAGAGACCCCCACUGGGCCCGUGGACAACACUGCCAUCGCCUUAAAAAACCUGUUCUGUGUCAGCCCAGUGAGCGAGCCCACAGAGAACAAUGAGCUGUCAGGUGCCCCUGACAACAGAAAGCCCAAACGAGUGACGAUAUCCAUCGUGGACGAGUUUGACGUGGAAGAUGACAUGACGGUAUUGGAGGUAGCUGAGUGGGAGGAGAGGCAGCUGGAAGAGCAGGUCAACUUCAACAACUGCAAGAUUGACCCAGCGCCAUUCCAGCUGGUGGAGAGGACGUCCCUUCACAAGACCCACACAAUCUUCUCUCUGCUGGGCUUGGACCACGCCUACGUCACCAGCAUUGGCAGGCUGAUCGGGGUGGUGUCGCUCAAGGAGCUGAGGAAGGCGAUUGAAGGCUCGGUGACAGUGAAAGGUGUGAAAGUGCGCCCCCCGCUGGCCAGUUUCCGGGACAGCGGCACCACCAGCAGCAGCGAGACAGAGACCACGGAGAUCCACAAGCUGUGGGACCGGCACAAGAGGAUAUCUCUACCACGCGAGUCCAGUCCUUCGGAGACCGACGACAAAUCCCAGUGACGCAGGAGAGUGUGUGUAAGCGCGCCGCAGCCCAUGCAGAGACUCUGCCACCCGGGACCCCCGAACCUAUUGCACUGACUCCCCUUUACUGCACUGGGGGGCUCCCCCAGCACGUACACGUAGAAACCCUGGAGGGACGAUGAUUGUGUGCGCGAAUAGGAGAAGAAAAUGGGACUUUUUAUUGUACAUGUUGAACAUCUUGCAAGCUUGUUUGUCUGGGCUACCCCUGUCAAUGAGGCGUUUAUAUCUGAAGGUUGUAGACCAGGCUGAGUGAGGUGCAUGGACUCCUACUGCGUAGAGCUUGGUAAUGGUGAAGAGAUUGCAGCAGGCAAAUGUGUAAUUGAGUGUAAGGAAAUAACCCUGCACUUUAUUCUAAUGGGUAGCUUCGUGUACAGAGCAUAUCAUAAUCUUCAUGUUUUUAUGUUAAAACAGGGACAAGUGCUAUGCAACGGGAGUCUUCUUGCCAUUCUGUAUAUACCUGUAUGUCUCUACAGUACAUCCACACGCUAUGGGUCAAGACAUGGGAAACAGACAUUUGAAUCUCUUAAUCGAUUAGUCAGAGCAUGUGAAUGAUCGAUUAAUUACAUAUCUGCAAGUCCUAAAUGAUACACAAUUGUGAAAUGAAUGUAAAAGUGUUUAAUGAAAGAGGUGACUUACUUUAUUUUAUUUUAUUUAGCUCUGGCAGGUUCAAUUAAUCUGUUUUAACAAAAACAUGUAAGUGAUGUGAUAAAUCAACUGAUCUUUAUUCAUAAAUUAUUAGAAUUUGUAUUCCUGCAUUAUUACUUAAAAAUCAGAACUAUUGGUUAGUUUUACAAAUGUAAAAUACUGGAAGCGAUCUCUAAACUUGUGGCCAGUGGUGUGUGUGUGUGUGUGUGUGUGUGUGUGUGUGUGUACUACUGUAUAUGUGUGUGUACGCGUGCAUGUGUACUGUAUAUGUGUGUGUAUCACAUACCUGAUUAUUGCAUAUCUCUGGCAUAUCAGAUGACGAGAAAUGCACCAAUGUGCUCCUGAUAAUGGUAUAUUUCUGUUUGUUUCAUAAAUAUUCAGGAAUCCUGGCUAUGCACUUACCAUGCCUCUCCUCCAGGAUGGAUGAAAGCAGGCUGCGUUAGCAAGCUGCAGUACUAACAGCAUCCAUAGACCGUGGGACAGUGAACAUUGUUGAGCAUCACCAGGGGAAGCAAAUACCACAGGUGCCUAUAGGGGGCGCCACCAAGACAUUUGCAUUCCUGCAAGAAAGGCAUCUUGCAGGCAUGACAAUUGGAUGCAUUAGUGGUGCACCCUAUAGGCAGCUGUGGUAUUUGCUUCCCCUGGUGAUGCUCAUUAGUGUUCACUGUUCUUAUUCACACCUACAGUGACUGCUGGUGUGUGCUUCCCAUGGUGCAUUGGUGCUACCCUGUGAAUUCAUCUGAUAGUGCAGCUUACUGAACUGCACAACCCUGUAUGUGACAGAAAACAGGGAUACUGAUGUGUCUGCUAGUUAAUAUAGGCUGCUUGAAAUGUACGUUAUCCAGUAACUAAAUACACACGGGCACAGCAGGGAAGAAAGAGGCAAGCGCUAUUGAGGAGUAAGAGGGUCCUCGGAUAGACACUUUCAAUACUCGAGACCUUUUCUCAGCACUUUUCUUCUUUAUGUGCAAUCCCUUUCUUUGUUUACAUUUAUAUGCAUGCUAGUCUUUACUUGCAAACACGAGACAUGCAGGGAAUUGAAUGAGCAAUACCUGUUGUACAUGGUCAUAUAUAGUCUUCCAUUAGUCAGAGGGUCUCUGCUUUUGAGUCUGCGUGAAGCAGCUGUAACAGUGCAGAACAAGGAGAAUAGUUUCUGAAUAUCUGCUGCUUUACGGUCUACGGCCUCUUCACACAGUGGCGCUGCUGUUGUUGAAAAAAGACAUUUACAGGGCAAUAAAUCUGCCACUGAAUGGGCACCUGCACACACAAACCAUACCCUACCACAAACGUUGAACUCAAUCCUAAGCUUAAGGUUCCUCUCGGAUUGCCGUGUGUGCGUGAAUGCAUGUGUACUAAAGUCAUGACUACUGUGUGAAAUUCAGUUUUGUAAUGUUACUUUAUGUUCUUUGCGCAGACAAGCCCUGCUGUGUGACUGGAAUAUAGGGCAUGCCAGUGCACAAAGCCUGAGUUUCAAGUGGCUGGCUCACACUUUUUCAUUUAGCUGUGCUACAGUCCAGUCUUCCUCCAUUUCAUUCCUGAAACACUCCGAUCUAGUCCUGGCUGCCUCGGAGGUGUAAGCGACUAUCACGUCAGCAUCCAGGUUACAGAACCAGCAUCCCUAUGCAGGAAACGCCUGGGAAUGCCCCUUAUUAAUCUAGUGUGAGGAAAUCCAAGCUGUUUCAGUUGGGGCUCAGGCACCACGUUAUUAAAGACGGUGGCCUCGCUCCAGAAUCCCAGCUUUAUCCCCUCUCACACCCCCCACCCAUGCAUGGCAAUGAGUUACUGAGAGUGCAUGCUGUUUUCUGUAAACUGUAUCGCUGUUCAAGUCCAACAUGUUUUCAUGGGAAAUCUUUAUGAUGAUUAUCGUGGUUUGUUUGUUUGACUGAUUGUUAUUAAUUGUUCAUUAUUUAUAAUCGUUCGCCAUUAACUGCCAUUUCUUUAACAUGUUGUUUUCAACGCUGUGCUGUAAAGUGCAACAAAAGGACAAUAAAGGAAGGUUUAAAAUUUUAAUAUAUUAAACAUUAUCACUGUAAUUAAUGUGAAUUACAUUUAUAAUGCGAUGCUUAACAUCAGGAAAAAAAAUAUUGUGUGUAUUUUACUGUUUUAAGAAAAGAAAAAUGAAUCAAAUUAAUUCAGAGAUUUGUCCGCAAGGAUCCAAAACUUCUGUCUCCCUUUAAAAAAGAAAACCUGACCUGGAAACUGUCAAACAAUGUCGUUCGUGUGAUGCUACGUUAUGAACACAGCUCACCAGGCUCAGACAUGCAAGCGCAAGCAGUUCUGGAUCGUUGCACACGUCCUCUGGUAAAGCGUGUCAUUUUGCUUUUGUCGUCCUUCUUGUUUUCUUAUUGUUUAACUGGAACUGAUCACAGGGCUAGAAAUUGCAGGGGCAGGUUUUUAACGAUUACAACUCAGAUAGUCCUGAGGAUUGUUCUUCUUUGAAAUCCUUUGAAAUAAUAGAUGUGUGCAAUAACUCCUCGUCAUUUCAUUUUGUAACAAAAUUUACUCUACUACUGGAAAAUACACGAAUGGAAAAUAACCUUAUUUUUGUAAAAAAAAAAAAAAAAAAAAAAAAAAAAAGAAAAAGAAAAAGAAAAGGAAAAACCCUCAACUGAUUGUUUAGAGGAAACACUUUGCUUGUGCUUCAUGGCUGCGCUGCCUUGCACUUUAAUCAUUGAUUGUAUUAGUCCGAUGUUGCUGUCAUGUUUUUGAUGCUUAACCAAUGCCAAUAUCUGUAUAUAUAUGAAAACAGAAAACAUCUUGGGAAAUGCAGGUUAACAAAUUUACAGUACUAUUUUUCAGAACAAAGAAGAAAUGUUUUGUAUGUCUGAGAUAAAUAAUAAAAAUUUU